AUGCCCCACGAAAGCGACUUCAUCCUCACGCUGUCGUGCCCCGACAAGCCGGGCAUCAUCCACGCCGUCACCGCCGUCUUUGCUUCCCACGGCCACAACGUCCUCGACCUGCAGCAGUUCAGCGACCCCGUGUCCAAGAGCUUCUUCAUGCGCGUGCACUUUGCGCCCCGGGAGGGCGUCGCCUCCGCGGAGCACCUGGUCGGCCCGUUUGACGCCCUGACCGGCCAAUACGCCAUGGCGUACGACAUCCGGCCCGUCGCGCGCCGCAUGAAGGUGCUCAUCAUGGUGUCCAAGAUUGGGCACUGCCUCAACGACCUGCUGUUUCGCAUGAAGGAGGGGCAGCUGCGCAUCGAGGUGCCCGUCAUUGUGUCCAACCACGCCGACUACGAACCCCUCGCCAAGUCGUACGGCAUCGAGUUCCACCAUCUCCCCGUGACAAAGGACACCAAGGCGCAGCAGGAGGCGCGCAUCCUCGACCUCGUCAAGCAGCACGGCAUUGAGCUCGUCGUCCUCGCGCGCUACAUGCAGGUCUUGUCGCCGACCCUCUGCGAAGCCAUGUCGGGCCGCAUCAUCAACAUCCACCACAGCUUCCUGCCGUCGUUCAAGGGUGCCAAGCCCUACCACCAGGCGUACGAGCGCGGCGUCAAGAUCAUUGGCGCGACGGCGCACUUUGUCACGGCCGACCUGGACGAGGGGCCCAUUAUCGAGCAGAGAGUCGCGAGGGUCGACCACGGCAUGGACGCCAAGGAGCUGGUCGAGCAGGGAUCCAAUGUCGAGAGCCAGGUUCUGGCUGCGGCCGUGAGGUGGUAUGCCGAUAGAAAGGUGUUUUUGAACGGGUCGAAAACGGUUGUGUUUGGGUAG